AACAACCGGAAGUUUACAAAUUACAGCACUCAAGCUAGUGAAGACCUCAGGCCUCCACAAUCCGGUGAUAUCAUUUCCACAAUUUAGAGCGAACUCCACUCCAAAUAAAGAAGGAAACAUGGUCUGUGAGAAGUGCGAGAAGAAGCUUGGGAGAGUCAUAACGCCUGACACCUGGAAGGAUGGAGCACGAAACACGAUUGAGAGUGGUGGUCGCAAGCGGAAUGAAAACAAGUUGCUGACUUCUAAGAAAGCCAGGUUCGACCCGUACGGCAAGGCGGGCUUCGCCACAUGCAGGAUCUGCAAGAGCUCCGUCCAUCAGUCGGGGUCCCAUUACUGCCAAGGCUGCGCCUACAAGAAAGGAAUCUGCGCAAUGUGUGGCAAGAAAGUCCUGGACACCACAAACUACAAGCAGACGUCAGUGUGACGUCCACACCAUGAUGCUCAUCCAGGCGUAUGUUUGUCACAUGUGGUACACUUUCACUCAUUUGUUUUUGUUUUUAAGAGAGCGAAAGCAGGAUUGUGGUCUUGUGGUCUUGUUUCAUGUAUUGAAUGGAUCUCUCAGAAUGAAACUAGCAUCACGCCACAGCUUUUAUUUAGUUGAGCUUUUCCGUUUCUUUUGUUCCUUUCGUGAUUUGGACAUGUCUGUGAAUUGUGAAGUAUCUUUUAUGAGUAAACUAGAACUCUUCAGUUCAAAAAUGGAUGAAUGACACCCUGUCAGACGUUGGAAAAUAUGCAAGGUUAGGUAACUUCUUUCAGCUAAAAAGCAGUAUGGCAGUAGUGUUCCAUCAUAUAGUGCCAAAGUAGACCAAUUUUGCAUGUUCAGAGUACCAUAUUUCCUCUAAUAGUGGCACAGGGUCUUUAUUUACUCGAUUUCAGGCGUUUAUUUGUGGCUUUUCCAGUUCAUCGGUUGGUCGGCAGGGUAGUUUGCACUUGCUCCACGGCCGUGAAAGCAUGCUUUUGUGUUAUUUGCAUGCUUUAUCACUGGAGGGUGAAGGUGGCAUAAUGACGUAUUUGCAUAUUUGGCCAUGGCACAAUUGCAAAUAACAUGAAAAUCAAAACAAAUAUGUUAAGUGCUCCAAACAAACUUUCUACUGUGCCCUGCAGUAACGUGUAGUGUAAGAGUUUUGUGAUUUCCGACUGACAGGUAGGCUGUGAUUGUGACAGGCGGUGUGCGUGUGGACAAGACGGUUGCGUUAACCGGUGUUGUUUUGUCGCGGUUGCGGUCGACAGUAGCCUGUUUUGUUUUUUUUCAAUAAAGAGAUUGGUGAUCCAUCA